AUGCCUAAAAUUGGCAUUUUUUUCUUGGCUCCGCUUGUCUUUUACUGCACUUUUACAUCCCUCCUAUCUAGUGCUCUCCUGGUUAGAGCGGUGAUCGGAAAAAGAUUCCAUAUAGAGGACACUAGUUGCCCCCUAUGUGGCUUGAGUGAGGAAUCCUUUGAACACCUGUUCCUUUCCUGUGAUGUGGAGUUUCAUUUUUGGCGAUCUUCUCCCUGGAGUAUCUUUCCGGUGUGUGAUACAUGCAUCUGUGUCUGGGAUUGGAUCAAAUUCAUUUGCGAUCUAAAUAAUAGAGGGGUCCGAGUUGAUGAUGUUUUCUUUUAUGCCUCGAUUGUUGUGGAUACUAUUUGGAGGGUACACAAUGAGAAGGUCCAUAAUAACUGUCCUCCUGACCUAAAAAAGUGUAUUGAUAAUAUUUGUAUUUCUUAUGCAGAUUUGCAUGCUUCCUUACUUCCUAGUCCCACUCCAGUUUUAAAGGAAGCUUGGUUCCCUUCUCUUCCGGAUUGGAUUAAGCUGAAUUGUGAUGUCAAGGUGGGAUUUGAUAGUAUGUGCAUUGCUGUUGUUGUAAGGAAUCAUUUUGGCAGAGUGAUUAGAGUUCAGACGGCUCGGGAAGAUUUCUCGGAUGUUCUCUGUGGAGAAGCUGCGGCCUGCUGCUUGGCUGUGUCAGUAGCCUUAGAUAUCAGCUCCAAGUUUGUUAUUGUGGAGAAUGACUCGAUGGUGGUUAUCAAUGCUAUCAAUGGGAAGGACUCUCGUUGGGCCCUUGAAAACUAUAUUUCAUUUUGUACUAAGUCUUCUCCCUCCUUUAUUAGUUGUAAUUUCUCUUAUAUAAGUAGAACAUGUAAUUUUGCCGCUCAUAAUGUGGCUAGAUGGGCGUUUGCUCAUCAGAUGAGAAAACCAGCUACAAUCGACACAUUUUUUAAGAGAAAAAAUAGUGAAGCUUCUACAUCUAAUGUGUCAUCAAUUUCACCUGUAGAUAUUGAUCAUGUAAAUUUUGAAAAUCGCUCUGCAAAAUCUUUAAGACUUGACAUUAAAGAAGGAUUUGAUAUCAAUUCGUUAGUGCGUGAUCUUGGAAUACGCCCACCAAUAUGGGAGUAUCCUCCUGAGAAGCGUGAUGAAGUCCGUAGAGCUUAUAUUAAAGCUGGUCCAUAUCAGAUUAUACUUUCUAGCUAUCAAAAAUCGGAGAAAGUACAUUCACGUAGUUUUCAGUCAUCCUGGUUUAAGCUAUUUCCAUCGUGGUUGGAAUACUCUCCUAAAGUAAAUGCAGCAUUUUGUCUACCAUGCUUUCUAUUUCAUGCUAAAGAUGGAACCUCUGGAUUAGAUGCGUUUACUAUUAACGGAUUUCGAUCAUGGAAUAAGGUGAGAGGAAAAAAUUGUGCAUUUGUAGCACAUAUUAGAAAAGAUAUAAAUUCUCCUCAUAGAAAUGCUGAGAAAGCACUUGCUGAUCUUAUGAACCAACCAUCACAUGUUGCAAGAAGGUUUGCAAACUUCACAUCACAAGAAAUUGCUGAAAAUAGACUUCGCUUGAAAACUUUAAUUGAGGGAAUUAGGUGGCUUGCAUUUCAAGCAUGCCCUUUUAGAGGUCAUGAUGAAUCUAAAACAUCAAUUAAUCGCGGAAACUUUCUAGAGUUAUUGAGUUUCAUAAGUUCUUAUAAUGAUAAGGUAGUAGAAGUUUUGGAUAAAGCUCCACGAAAUGCCACAUAUACAUCACCAACAACACAAAAACAAGUUUCGCAUGUCUUGGGGAAUAAAGUGAGGAAUGCAAUUCGUGAAGAAAUUGGUGAUGCAAAUUUUUCUAUAAUAGUUGAUGAAGCACGAGAUGAAUCUAAGAAGGAGCAAAUGUCAAUUGUUUUGAGAUUUGUUGACAAAGAUGGUUGUGUGCAAGAGCGUUUUUUUGGGCUUAUUCAUGUCAAAGACACUGCUGCUUUAACAUUAAAACAAGGUAUUUUCUCUAUCCUCUCAAAUCGUAGUCUUGAUGUUCAUUCCAUUCGUGGACAAGGUUAUGAUGGUGCAAGUAACAUGCGUGGUCAAUGGAACGGUUUACAAGCUUUAAUUUCAAAUGAAUGUCCUUAUGCUUAUUAUGUUCAUUGUUUUGCACAUCGUUUGCAAUUAGCAUUAGUUGCUGCAUCUAGAGAAGUUAUUCCUCUCCAUCAAUUUGUUAUAAAGUUGAACUCUAUUGUUUAUAUUGUUAGUGCAUCGUGUAAGCGUAAUGACCAACUAAGAAUUGCUCAAGCUGCAAAUGUUGCUCAUUUACUUGAGAUGGAUGAACUAGAAAGUGGGAAAUGGCUUAAUCAAAUUGGUUCUUUACAAAGGGCUGGUGACGCUCGUUGGAGUUCUCACUUGAAAUCUAUUUCUAGUUUGAUAAAGAUGUUCAGCGCAACAUGUGAAGUUUUAUUAAAUAUUAUUGAAGACGGCACUACUUUUGCUCAACGAGGAGAUGCAGAUGCAACUUAUGAGGCGGCAACUUCAUUUGAAUUUGUUUUCAUUUUGCAUCUCAUGAAAAAAAUUCUAGAGAUUUCUAAUAUACUCUGUCAAGCUUUGCAACUUCAGUCUCAAGAUAUUUUAAAUGCAAUGCAUCUUGUUUCAUCUACUAAGAUUCUCAUUCAAAAAUUAAGAGAAGAUGGAUGGAAUGAAUUAGUUGAUGAGGUGAAAUCCUUUUGUGAACCUAUUAAUAUACUUGUGCCCAAUUUUAAUGCUCAUUAUACUGCGAGAAGAGGAAGAGCUCGCGGUCAACAAGGUGUCAUUACAGUGGAGCAUUAUUAUAGAGUUGAUAUCUUCAAUGCAGUGGUAGACUUUCAACUGCAAGAAUUAAACAACAAAUUCAAUGACAACACAGUAGAGUUACUCAUUCUUAGUUCAGCUCUAGAUCCGAGAGAGAUGCGUGUAUCAUUGAGAGUUGAUGACAUUUGCAAACUGGUACAAAAAUUUUACCCAAGAGAUUUCACAGAAUACGAAAUGAUACAUCUAAGGACGCAAUUUGAACAUUUUGAUCAUGUGCGAAAUAUUCCUGAUUUUAUAGUCUUAACAACUAUCUCUGAUUUAUGUCAGUGGCUGGUAAAAACUAGAAAAGCAGAAGUUUUUCCACUUGUGUAUAGAGUGGUAACUCUUAUUCUUACACUUCCAGUUUCUACAAAUACAACAGAGCGAUCGUUUUCAGCAAUGAAUUUAGUGAAAACUACACUCCGCAACAAGAUGGAAGAUGAAUUUUUAAGUGAUUGUUUGCUAGUGUAUAUUGAAAGAGAAAUUGCUGAAAAAUUUAGUAUAGAUCCAAUUAUAGAUAAUUUUCGUGACAUGCAAGAGAGACGUUCUAUAUUUUAA